AUGGAAGAAACGUCAUGCCCCCCUCCUGAUAUCAAAUCGGACUAUCAUGCUGACUUGACAGUCAGCAACCGCAUCACAAUCAUGCCGAAGAAGUCUGCCAACGUCGAUUCCAAUGACGGCCUGCCAUACAGUCGCAAAAACACGUUACAUGAAGCUGCCGCAAUGCAGCGUGUCGGCAUGGGACCACAGUGCGACGACCCGGUUGGCCGCCAGGUUCAGCCACCCAACAUAAACGUUACCCACGACGUCGACGACGCUUGCGUACAUCCGUCCGACACUCAAGCACCAUCGGAGACCGACGUUGAAGAUGUCGAAAUAUAA